GCUUCAUUUACAAUUUUCACUUUGCCGAUGUCGCGUUGCUGUCGCUACUUUUAAGAAAAAAAAAAAAAAAAAACACCUAUUGUUUUGUGCCCGCCGCAUCGGUCGAUAAUGCCAAAGCUCUGUGUUUAAGCCGUCACACUUAACGCUCAGAACACAACAUCGAUAAACAGUACAAAACAAAUAUAUUUAGUUAGAGAAAUGGGCCAAAAAGUGUCGCGCAACGACUUUGAAUGGGUUUACACGGAAGAGCCGCACGCAUCGCGUCGCAAAAUUAUACUCGAGAAAUAUCCGCAAAUCAAGAAACUGUUUGGCCAUGAUCCCAACUUCAAAUGGAUUGCCGGCGCCAUGGUGCUAACCCAAAUACUGGCCCUGUUCAUUGUCAAGGACUUGUCAUGGCCCUGGCUAUUGUUGAUGGCCUAUUGCUUUGGCGGCAUUCUGAAUCAUUCGCUCAUGCUGGCCGUGCACGAAAUAUCGCACAAUCUGGCCUUCGGCCACAGCCGUCCCAUGCACAAUCGCAUUUUGGGCUUCAUUUGCAAUUUGCCGAUUGGCCUGCCCAUGAGCAUAUCCUUCAAGAAAUAUCACCUGGAGCAUCAUCGCUAUCAAGGCGACGAGGUGAUUGAUACGGAUAUACCCACCCUGCUGGAGGCGCGACUAUUCGACACGACCUUUGGCAAGUUUAUGUGGGUGUGCCUGCAGCCGUUCUUCUACAUCUUCCGGCCGCUGGUGAUCAAUCCGAAGCCACCGACACGACUGGAGAUCAUCAAUACGAUCAUACAGCUGGCAUUCAAUGCGGCUGUCGUCUAUUUUAUUGGCUGGAAGGCGAUGGCCUAUCUGCUGAUUGGCUCCAUACUGGCGAUGGGUCUGCAUCCGGUGGCGGGCCAUUUCAUAUCGGAGCACUAUAUGUUCGCCAAGGGCUUUGAGACAUACUCGUAUUAUGGCCCGCUCAAUUGGAUCACCUUCAAUGUGGGCUAUCACAAUGAGCAUCAUGAUUUUCCAGCCGUGCCCGGCUCCCGGCUGCCGGAGGUGAAGCGCAUCGCCAAGGAGUUCUACGAGACGAUGCCACAGCACACCAGCUGGACGCGUGUGCUCUACGAUUUUGUGAUGGAUCCCGCUGUGGGUCCCUAUGCGCGUGUCAAGCGGCGACAGCGCGGUCUCGCCUCCUAAUCCGACCAAGACAAGCACAGUUUGCGGGCGCGGAUGAUGCAAUGAUUUUACUAGCGGUUUCCUGGCAUUAUGUAAUCUCAGUGUUUAGAACUAGAUACUUAGAACUUUGUUGUUUUUUAUUUCUUCUUCUGUCAACUGUAACAUGAACAACCUGCUCUUUUAUGGCUGGCUUUAGUUUUGGUUAAGUGCAAACAAUUUGCCACAGUUGAUUUAACGUAUUUAUAGUAUUAGAACAUGUAAAGCUUAAGCGCUUGUAUUAAACUAUUAUUGUUAACUCACACACACACACACACACACACACAACUGAAGAGAGCUAAAGCUAGAACUAAAUAUUGUAUAUUUUUAGUUAUUGUCGCCAGAUGCAGCCAACUAUUUUUGAUAGCCUCUUGUAACUGACAUUCAAGUACCAAAAAAAAAUGAGAAAUAUGUGAAACUGAAAACCAACGUUAACUCAACUUUACGCGGCAUUACGCUCUAAACCAAAUUUAUAUAUAUAUGUGUAUAUAUAAAAUCAAGAAACGAUUGUCCCACAUAUACUCGUAUGCGUAUGUAAUAAAGAACACAACAACAAACUGAAA